AUGAAGAUUAGAUUGACGCUUAACAAUGAUAAGCAAAAAGAAGACGACCUCAUCGAUGUCUCUAUAGAUGCAUCAUCAACCAUUUCAUCAUGGUUAAUCGACUAUUACUUCACAAAAAUCUAUUUCAAUCAAGUCAAAUCAUCGAAUAAGUCGAUCCAACCGAACAAUAUCAUUGGUUUACAUGAUAUGUUUAUCAUCUAUCAAAUUAUUCAAUCACCUUCAACAUCGACGCAGUUUUUCGACUUAUGUAAAGCGAAACUUUCAGAUAAGAACGACGAAGUAGUGUUAGAAAGUUACAAUAAUUAUUUAAAGCGAUGUGGGUUAAAAGAUAUAAUCGAUCUGUUCCACGAUUGUCGAUUACCAUCAUUGAUCAAACAAGUGACUUUCAAUAUCACGAAUGUCAGCAAUGAACUUGAACAAUUAUUUUGCGAUCAUUUAUUAGAACUUGCAAUAGAGCACGAAGUUUGCAAUGAACAAACGGAAUCUUUUUCUUCGGACACGAAAGAAAACAUCAUCAAACUGUUUGAUGACAAGAAAAAACAUGUAGAACAAACAAUUAGUAAAAAUUACAUUAAGCAUACUUUAUGUACGUAUCUUUCACUUUUGUUGGAUACACGCAAUGAACACGCUCUUAUACAUUGUCUUGCAACACCGGCGCGGAUUGGUAUUGAACGCCGAACGGUAGUUGAGCUGCGCCGAUUGACAAAAUUACCGAAGAAUGAAUGUUUAACCAUCUAUCAAAUACUCCUUUCAUUUCUUCGACGCAAAGAGUUGUUAUUAAGCCGACUGUCGUCCUCACAAACAGAGACAACAACGAAUGAUGAUGAAUCGUUUGUUAUAUUGGAUAAAUAUUUCAAUGGGAUUAAAGAAUUUUUUGAUUUUAUUGAACAACUACAAAUGAUAAUCGAAGAAAAUGAACAUCUUCGAAUCGAAUCAAUUGUGACGUUUCGGAAAUUGACAACGCUUAUUUCCAAACAAUUACGUAAGGAUACAUCAUUUAGUCGAUGUGAGACAAUAUUCAAAGAAACAAUCGAAGAAUUUGUGGAAUGUUUCGAAACAACGCUCAAAGUUACUAAUUGCGCGUCGCCCAUUCGAUCGGCAUCUUCGGGAGGUACACUAGCUGGCCGUCGUUUCCUUCGCUCUGUUGCUUAUCUAUGUGCAAAACAAACGAUUCACUUACCGAUACUACUACCCAACAAUGACCAUUACAAUAGUCCAUCAACCGGAUUACGAAAAGCAACAGCAUUUCGACUCUUACAAAGUCCGGUGACGCCGGUUGCAGUUACUGUUAAACAACCUGUUGAAAUACUAACUGAGGAAAAACCGAUCGAUACUCCUGUUGAAUCUGUGUUCAUGUGGAAACAGAAGAACGAAAUUCAAAUGGAAGGAAAUGCCACAUCGAAGAGGAAGAAAUUUCAGCGACGAAAAUCACAACGAUGCUUGGAUUUAUCGUCGGUCGAAGAGCAAACUUUGCAUACGGAUUCAUUAACAAACCAUUCGACGGAUUCUAAUGAAAAAACGUUCUCGUCAGGCUCAUCAGGUUCAGCCCGUCAACCGCUGGGAGAAAUAGAUGUCAGUUCGUUGAUUAGCGAAGAACGUCAAGCAGCCGAUAGUGAAACAAAUGAGAAGAGUCAAUCUCAGAAGUCACUGCCAUUAGUUAGUAAUGAUGAUCAAGAGAAUCAAUCGAUUAACAAAAAUAAACGAACGAUUGCGUCAACAAAUGUUGACGAACCACGUAAAAAGGCGAAGAAAACGAAUGCAAAACCACUGAUUGUUGGUCAAAAGAUGAUCACGAACUUCUUUCGUUCGAAAGCUUAA